AUGUCUGCGCGAGACGCGAGCGGCUUCCAGGUGUUCCAGGACAGACAGAUCAAUCCAGGUUGGUGGUUCCUUCCCCGGUGCUUUUCAAAACUCCUCUUCGCGGCGGAGUUGAAACUUCAAGGUUUAUUUUUAGAUUUCGGGGCCACGGAGGUGACAAAGUUCUUUAACUCCGGACCCGAGUUGGAAAACUGCGUGGCGAUGCUGACCCAGAGGAGAAAGAGGACCAACUUCACGCAGCAGCAGAUCGAAGUGCUGGAGAAAGUUUAUGUGGACACGAAAUAUCCCGACAUCUAUUUACGGGAGAGGCUGGAGGCUCUGACCGGCCUCCCCGAGUCCAGGAUCCAGGUGUGGUUCCAGAACCGGAGGGCCAAGUCCCGCCGUCAGGUCGGAUCAUCUCUGUCCGUGAAGGUCACAAACACGCACGCAGCUGUUCCCUUCAGCCAAAUGCAGAGCAGGAUGGGUCCUGAGAAAGGUUAUGACCAUCACAGCACCGAGGUGCACAGGACACCGGGUUUCGGACUACAGGACAGCUUCAGGCCGCCGAUCCACCAGAACACGGACGACGCUCUCAGGACCGGCAUCCCCGCCAAACCCAGCAGCUAUGAGCACACGCCGGGCUCCUGCACCUACAGCAAAGACUGUCUCCGAGCGAAACCCGAGCACGCGCGGCCACACAGUCUGGGCGCUUCCAUCCCGGGCUGCAACAUCCAGCGUUUUCCCAAGGAGAACCUGCACCACCCCGAGGUGGAGGCCAGCGGUCACUGCGCCCAGGUUCUGGUGGAGUACGACAACUUUCCACCCAACAAAACGAUCGGGCCGGAGAUGAAGGUCGUGAUUCCCCCGAUUCCGUCCCAGAGCCACUUCGGCAGGUCGUCGACGAAGGACGGCGGAUGUCAGCUGCAGUAUCCCCCCCAGGUGGGAGCCACGGAGGAGCGCUUUGGUCACUUUCCUGUGAUCCGGCCCACAAACGCACAGGAUUUUACUGACUCGGACUCUGAGUGGGAGAACGAGGCCAUGGCUGGCUUCACGGGCUUCAUGUGA